GGAGAGAGUAAACUUUGCCAGCGCGCGAUGGGUGUUAGCGACUGCGACAGACGCCUACCUUGAUCGUGUGGAGGAGAAGAUGAGACGAAAUCGCAUCGAAGGAUGCAAGUGUUGCGUCCAAUGCAUUGGGCUGAUGAGGAGCUGCUGCUGUGGCUGUCAGUCGGCGUACCCCUCACCUAUAGCCAGCAGGGGUCCAGACAGGGGCCAAGUGGAUUCGGCAAGAGAGCAAGCGGGCCAUGGGCGGAGCUCUUCGACGACAACAACUCUGAGCGACUCCUUGACUCGCCAGCGUCGGUCGGGGCUGUGCUGUGUGCUUCACCAGAUGUGGUCAGGAGCUAGCAAUGAAAGGCCUCUAUCGAGUAGCUGAGUAUUCGCACCAUCGUCAAACCACUCUCCUUAUCGGGUCCGGUGGUCGAUACGGCGGAAAGGGCUCAACUAAAGCAGGAACACAGCUCUCUCGCAUCAUACCUGGGCUGUAAUAGCUAUAAGGUACCAAGCUUACCAACCCAGUGCUGGUAAGGUCAUACAAUUGAUGAAGAACCGACCAAGCCUGGUUACCGUACCUGGUAGGUCCUCAGUUCUCACAGAC